AAUCAUCUUAUAUGCAUCCAUUCAUUGCUCUUUUUAAUAUUUUUCGUUACCAUUUUUUUCAAAAAAAGUGUUGUUUUUUAAAAAUUUGAGCUCACACACGCCAUACACAAACACAAACAUAGACACACACUUAUUGAGCAAAUAUUGUGAUAAAUUAUCUCAAAUGACCAAACAACUCCUAUUUUUUGGAUAUUAAUUCAUUGUGUUUUUCAAAACUUUUUAAAAAAAUGACAAAUCCUAAUCAAAAUAUUAUCGAUUAUAUGACAGAAACCGGUAAUGUGAUAAAUAAUGUGCCAAAAAAUAAUUUAUUAAUGGCCAAUGAAGAUGAAGAUGAAGACGAUGACGAUGAUGAUGAUAUAAUCUUUAAUAAUAAUGGUCAAAUAAUAUUUUCACAUGAAAAUGAAUGUUUUCUAGUCCCAAAUGCCAAUACAACUAAAACAACAAAAAUGAUUCCCAAUAAUAAUAAUCAUAUUGUCGACGACGACGACGAUAAUAACCAUUCAUCAUUGGUGAAUCAUCAAUCAUCACAUUUAUAUCAAAUCAAUGAUGAUGAUGAUGAUGGUGGCGCCGGCAAUCAUCAUUUAAAUUAUUCAACUUAUCAACAUGGAAAAAAAUUAUUUAAACAAUUUAUUUCACCAUCGGCUAUAAAUUUAUCAACAAUAACGUUACCAUUUCAAUCACCAUUGAGUGGAGGAGAUAUGUUUGCAGAUAUUGAUGAAAAUGCUGCAUCAUGUCAUUAUGAAGAUUUUCAAACAAUCGAUUGGCAACGUGAUAUUGCACGUGAUCGUAAUCGACAUCGUUAUAUAAUUCGUAGUAAAGAUAAUUCAUAUUGUUCUCUGUUGAAAUCAACACAUGAUGCAUGGGCUGGUUGGCUUUGUGUUUUGUUAGUUGGUAUAUUAUCCGGUGUUGUUGCCGGUAUUAUUGAUAUUGGUGCCGGUUGGAUGAAAGAUCUUAAAGAUGGUCUUUGUCCGGAUGUUUUCUAUCUAAAUCGUGAACAAUGUUGUUGGUCGGAUAAUAGCUCUGAAUUUGAAGAUAGCAUAUGGAGCGGUCAUUGUGAUCAAUGGAAAACAUGGCCCGAAUUAUUAGGUCUAAGUCAACAACAUUUUCCAAUAUUCAGUUAUAUUGUUUCGUAUUUUUUCUACGUUUUUUGGGCAUUAUUUUUUGCAUUUUUGGCUGCAAGUUUUGUACGAACAUUUGCCCCUUAUGCAUGUGGUUCCGGUAUACCGGAAAUAAAAACAAUAUUAUCUGGUUUUAUUAUUCAUGGUUAUCUUGGUAGUUGGACAUUGACUGUUAAAUCAUUGGGUAUGAUGUUAACGGUUGCUGCUGGUUUAUCAUUGGGAAAAGAAGGACCACUUGUUCAUUGUAGUUGUUGUAUUGGUAAUAUAAUAUCAAGAUUUUUUGAUAAAUAUGGUCGAAAUGAAGCAAAAAAGCGAGAAAUACUUUCGGCUGCAUCAGCUGCUGGUGUAUCGGUAGCAUUCGGUGCACCAAUCGGUGGUGUAUUAUUUUCCCUUGAAGAAGUUAGCUAUUAUUUUCCAUUGAAAACAUUAUGGCGAAGUUUUUUCUGUGCAUUGAUUGCCGCUUUUGUUUUACGUUUGAUCAAUCCUUUUCGCAAUGAACAUUUGGUCAUGUUUUAUAUUGAUUAUGCAAGGCCAUGGAUAUUUUUCGAACUGAUUGUAUUUGUCAUGUUAGGCGUAAUUGGUGGUGUGAUUGGCAACAUAUUUAUUAAAUCCAAUUUAAGAUGGUGUCAACGACGUAAAAAUACACGUCUUGGACAAUAUCCAAUGUGGGAAGUAAUGACCGUUACAUUGAUUACGGCAAUGUUUGCCUUUCCAAAUCCUUAUACACGUAUGAAUUCUUCAGAUUUGAUAAAAUUAUUAUUCAGUUCAUGUGGAAUUGCUGAUGAAACUCCUUUAUGCGAUUAUUAUCGUAAUUAUACUAAUGUUAAUCAACAUGCCCAAAUUGCCCAAGCUGGACCUGGUGUUUAUACAUCGGUAGCCCAAUUGUUUGCCGCAUUAAUUUUCAAACUUAUUAUAACAAUAUUUACGUUCGGUAUUAAAGUUCCAGCCGGUCUGUUUAUUCCUUCAUUAGCAAUGGGUGCUAUUAUUGGUCGUAUUGUUGGUAUUACAAUGGAACAGAUUGCCUAUAAUUAUCCUAAAUGGUGGUUUUUUCAAGAUGCUUGUUCAAAUCUAGGUGAAAGUUGUAUGAGUCCAGGUUUAUAUGCAGUAGUUGGUGCUGCUGCUGUUUUAGGUGGUGUAACAAGAAUGACUGUUUCAUUAGUGGUGAUUAUGUUUGAAUUGACUGGAAAUGUAGAAUUUAUUGUACCAUUAAUGGCAGCUAUUAUGACUGCAAAAUGGGUUGGUGAUGCAUUAGGCAAACAAGGUGUUUAUGAUGCACAUAUCAGUUUGAAUGGUUAUCCAUUUUUGGAUAAUAAAGAAGAAUUUCCAUAUACAACAACAGCAUUAGAUUCAAUGCGACCACAAUUAGGUGAUGCACCAUUAGCCGUUUUGACUGAAGAUUCUACAACUGUUGGUCAAAUAUAUCAACUAUUACGAUCAAAUAAUCAUACUGGCUUUCCUGUUGUAUUAUCCGAACAAAAUCAAUAUUUAGUUGGUUUUGUUACACGUCAUGAUCUUAAUCUUGCUUUAAAUCAAUCACGUAAAAAUGAUGAAGUUAUGGAAGAUUCUAUUGUUUAUUUUCGUAAUUUUAGUGAAGAUGAAGAAUUACGUUUUAAACAAUAUCGUCAUCAUCAUCAUAAUAAUAAUCGUUCUAAUUCAAUGCCAUUAAAUUUUCGACGAAUACUUGAUUUAGCACCAAUGACUGUUACUGAUCAAACACCAAUGGAAACAAUUAUCGAUAUGUUUCGUAAACUUGGUUUACGACAAGUUUUGGUCACACAUAAUGGAAAUCUAUUGGGCAUCAUAACAAAAAAAGAUAUACUUUUACAUAUAAAAAAAUGUGAAGAAAUGCAAAAAGUUUCACAAAUACCCACAUCAUCAUCAUCAAGAUUUCCAUCAUUUCUAAGAUGAAAUCAAUGUUUUUUUUCAAAUUCUUCAUUAUUUUAUCCUGUUAUUUAUUUGUUUGUUUGUUUGAUGAACCCACACACAUACUGAUCAUCGAGAAAAAAAGAUUUUAUUC